CUAAAACAACAAAACUAAAUUUAUUGUCCAAACCCCAAACUUCCAGUUUUUGCUCCGUUGGCUUUUUAUCCACAAGAGGGACAAAAUUGCUUACGCCUGAAGUACAGUAUAUAAAUGAACCUCCGCCAUAGCUAGGGUUUUAGUUUUACCAACAGCUUCUAAUAAUCCACCUCGCAGAAAUGGAUACUUCCUUAAGAUACGGUGGAGAAUCACGCGCUCUCAGGAUCGCCACAAACAAGAAUCCUCCUACGGUGAAGUACGCCGGAGAUGUAAGUGCCCUCAAAAUCCACGCUAAGCAGAAGCUCCAAAUCGAUUCUAACACGCUACUUCAGCUUAGCGGAGAGCUUGAUACAGGAACUGGGCUUCCAACUUUCUUAUGUGCACUUGUUAGACACUCCUAUCCUACUCUUUCAGCUAGCCUUGGAGCUGGAUUGCAUUAUGAUAAAAAUGAAAAUCUCCAUUGCACCUUGCGUGGGAAAAAAGCAUAUCCAGUUUCAUUCAAUCGUGAUGUGAACUUUGUUCUUAAAGGGCGUUGCAAUAUUGACCAAGAGUUGACUCAGCCAACACCACAGGGAGCUCUUGAGUUGGUAUGGAACAUGCUAGAUUUUCAGAAAGACCAAGAUGUAAGACUCAAACUUGGCUUGGAAAUCGUUGACAAGAUUCCGUAUGUACAAGUCAGGGAAAACAAUUGGACAUUUAAUGUUGAUAUUAAUGGAAGAUGGAAUACUGCAGACAUUUGGUCCAUCUCUUCUGUCGCAGAGGCUUGCAGAUGUGGUCCGCAGAUUGCAGACAUUUUGAUUUCAAAAAAACAAACAACACCUAAGACUUUUUCAGGCGUAGAGGAGAAAUAUCAAUAG